CGGCGGCGGCGGCGGCGCGACGAUGAGGAUGAUGAAUACAUUGCAAAGUUUUUUUGGCCCCGGCGAGGGGUGUCAGAUUGAGUGCUCUGUGCGCAUGUGCGAAGGUGUCCAAACUGACAAUGCUGGGGAGAUGAAGAUAGUGUGUAGCUGCUUCUGGGCUCAAGGAGGAGGAGAGAGAUUCCGCGAGCCGACACCAUGCGAUCCAAGGCGAGGGCGCGGAAGCUAGCCAAAAGUGACGGAGACAUUGUAAAUAAUAUGUAUGAGCCCGACCCAGACCUGCUGGCCGGCCAGAGUGCCGAGGAGGAGACCGAGGACAGCAUCCUGUCCCCCAUCCCCAUGGGGCCGCCGUCCCCCUUCCCCACCAGCGAGGACUUCACCCCCAAGGAAGGCUCACCCUAUGAGGCCCCCGUCUACAUUCCCGAAGACAUUCCGGUCCCACCCGACUUUGAGCUUCGGGAGUCCUCCAUCCCCGGGGCCGGCCUGGGGAUCUGGGCCAGGCGGAAGAUGGAAGCUGGGGAGAGGUUCGGCCCCUACGUGCUGGCGCCCCGGGCUGCGCUGAAGGAGGCUGACUUUGGAUGGGAGCCAAUGCUGACAGAUACGGAGGUGUCGUCCCAGGAAGGCUGCAUCAAGAAGAUCUCAGAGGACCUGGGCCCUGAGAAGUUCUGCGUGGAGGCCGGCCAGGUGGGGGCCGGCAGCUGGCUGAAAUACAUCCGCGUGGCGUGCUCCUGUGACGACCAAAACCUCACGAUGUGUCAGAUCAACGAGCAGAUUUAUUACAGAGUCAUUAAGGACAUCGAGCCAGGCGAGGAGCUGCUGGUACAUGUGAAGGAAGGCGCCUACUCCCUGCGGGCUGUGCCGCCCGGGCUGGACGAGGAGCCCGCAUUUCGCUGUGACGAGUGUGACGAGCUCUUCCAGUGCAAGCUGGACCUUCGACGCCACAAGAAGUACGCGUGCGGCUCGGCUCGGGCCACACUCUACGAGGACCUGGGCGACGGCCUCAAGCCUGAGGGUCUCGGCGGCAGUGGCAGCGAUGGGCAGGCCCACGAGUGCAAGGACUGCGAGCGAAUGUUCCCCAACAAGUACAGCCUGGAGCAGCACAUGAUCGUCCACACGGAGGAGCGAGAGUAUAAGUGUGAUCAGUGUCCCAAGGCCUUCAACUGGAAGUCCAACCUCAUCCGCCACCAGAUGUCCCACGACAGCGGCAAGCGCUUCGAAUGUGAAAACUGCGUGAAGGUGUUCACGGACCCCAGCAACCUGCAGCGGCACAUCCGCUCCCAGCACGUGGGCGCCCGGGCCCACGCCUGCCCAGACUGCGGCAAGACCUUCGCCACGUCCUCCGGCCUCAAGCAACACAAGCACAUCCACAGCACCGUCAAACCGUUCAUAUGUGAGGUCUGCCACAAAUCCUACACACAGUUCUCCAACCUGUGCCGGCACAAGCGCAUGCACGCCGACUGCCGCACGCAGAUCAAGUGCCGGGACUGCGGGCAGAUGUUCAGCACUACCUCGUCCCUCAACAAGCACCGGCGCUUCUGCGAGGGCAAGAACCAUUACACAGCGGGCGGCCUCCUGCCCCCCGGCCUGCCCCUGACCCCCAGCCCCAUGCUGGACAAGACCAAGCCCUCCCCCGGCCUCAGCCACGCGGGGCUGGGCUUCAACGAGUACUUCCCCUCCCGGCCCCAGCCCGGAGCCCUGCCCUUCCCCGCCGCCCCGCCGGCCUUCCCCGCGCUCACUCCCAGCUUCCCGGGCAUCUUCCCUCCGUCCCUGUACCCCCGGCCGCCUCUGCUACCUCCCACGCCCUUGCUCAAGAGCCCCCUGAACCACACCCAGGACGCCAAGCUGCCCAGCCCCCUGGGCAACCCGGCCCUGCCCCUCGUGUCUGCGGUCAGCAACAGCAGCCAGGGCACCUCGGCAGCCACAGGGCCGGAGGAGAAGUUCGAGAGCCGCCUGGAAGACGCGUACACGGACAAGGUCAAGGCCCGGAGCCCCGACAUGUCCGACGGCAGCGACUUCGAGGACAUCAACACCACCACGGGCACUGACCUGGACACCACCACGGGGACGGGCUCAGACCUGGACAGCGACGUGGACAGCGACCGUGACAAGAUCAAGGACAAGGGCAAGCUGGCCGAGGGCAAGCCCGAGUUCGGGGGCAGCUCGGCACACCCGGGCGCCGCCAGCAGUGUGGCGGAGGUGCCCGUCUUCUCCUCCCAGCACCCCUUCUUCCCUCCGCCCGAGGAGCAGCUGCUGACCGCCGCGGGCGCCCCUGGCGACUCCAUCAAAGCCAUCGCUUCCAUCGCCGAGAAGUACUUUGGGCCCGGCUUCAUGGGCAUGCAGGAGAAGAAGCUGGGCUCCCUGCCCUACCACUCCGUCUUCCCCUUCCAGCUCCUGCCCAACUUCCCUCACUCCCUCUACCCCUUCACGGACCGCGCCCUCGCCCACAACCUGCUGGUCAAGGCAGAGCCAAAGUCACCCCGGGACACCCUCAAGGUGGGCGGCCCCAGCGCCGAGUGCCCAUUCGACCUCACCACCAAGCCAAAAGAGGCCAAGCCCAUCCUGCCCCCGCCCAAGGCACCCUCAGCCCCCAUGUCUGGCGAGGAGCAGCCCCUGGACCUGAGCAUCGGCAGUCGGGCCCGAGCCAGUCAGAACGGGGGCAGCCGGGAGCCCCGCAAGAACCAUGUGUAUGGCGAGCGGAAGCCGGGGCCUGGCGAGGGGCUGCCCAAGGCGUGCCCAGCGCAGCUGCCGCAGCAGCCGACCCUCCACUACGCCAAGCCUUCGUCCUUCUUCAUGGAUCCCAUCUACAGGGUAGAAAAGCGGAAGGUGAUGGACCCCGUGGGCGUCCUGAAGGAGAAGUACCUGCGGCCAUCCCCGCUGCUCUUCCACCCCCAGAUGUCAGCCAUCGAGACCAUGACGGAGAAGCUAGAAAGCUUCGCAGCCAUGAAAGCUGACUCGGGCGGCUCCCUGCAGCCCCUGGCCCACCACCCCUUCAGCUUCCGGUCCCCACCCUCGACACUCUCAGACCCCAUCCUCAGGAAGGGCAAGGAGCGGUACACGUGCAGGUACUGUGGCAAGAUCUUCCCCCGAUCAGCAAACCUCACCAGACACCUGAGAACGCACACCGGGGAGCAGCCGUACAGGUGCAAAUACUGCGACCGCUCCUUCAGCAUCUCCUCCAACCUGCAGCGGCACGUGCGCAACAUCCACAACAAGGAGAAGCCCUUCAAGUGCCACCUGUGCAACCGCUGCUUCGGCCAGCAGACCAACCUGGACCGGCACCUCAAGAAGCACGAGCACGAGGGCGCGCCAGUGGGCCAGCACACCGGAGUCCUCACCAACCACCUGGGUACCAGUGCCUCCUCCCCCACCUCCGAGUCAGACAACCACGCACUUUUAGAUGAGAAGGAGGACUCCUACUUCUCUGAGAUCAGAAACUUCAUCGCCAACAGCGAGAUGAACCCGGCGUCCACGAGAACAGACAAAAGGCCAGAGAUCCAGGAGCUGGACAGCGACCCCCAGUGUCCAGGCCUGGCCAACGAAAAGCCAGAGGAUGUAGAGGAGGAGGAAGAGGACCUGGAGGAGGAGGACGAGGACAGCCUGGCUGGGAAGUCCCAGGAUGACAUGGUGUCCCCCGCGCCCGAGCCCCAGGGUGUCUAUGAGGACGAGGAGGAUGAGGAGCCGCCUGCUGCCCUGGCUGUGGGCUUCGACCACACCCGAAGGUGUGUUGAGGAGCAAGAAGGCGGCCUGUUAGCCUUGGAGCCCACGCCGCCCUUUGGGAAGGGGCUGGACCUCCGCAGAGCAGCUGAGGAAGCCUUUGAAGUUAAAGAUGUGCUUAAUUCCACCUUAGAUUCUGAGGCUUUAAAACAGACUCUGUACAGGCAGGCUAAGAACCAGGCAUACGCUAUGAUGCUGUCGCUCUCUGAGGACACGCCCCUCCACGCCACCGCGCAGAGCUCACUGGGCGCCUGGCUGAACAUCACGGGGGCCCCCUCCGAGUCCGGAGCCUUCAACCCCAGCAACCACCUCUAAAGGGCCGGGCCCGGACCAGAGUCCAGAGCCAGAGCACCUGCUGCAGGGAUGCAGGGGGCCGGGGAAGCCCCGCUGCCCGUGGCGACACUGCUCGGCCCAGUGCUAACGGCUCCCGUGAAAACUCAGCACCCAAGAGUCCCCGAAGCAGCAGCUGGGCUGCCCUGCCUCCUCCUAGAACUGGCCCCAGCAAGACCCCGUCCCGGAGCUGCCUGGAGGACCAACACCGGGCGAGCGUGGCAUCUUGAUCCCAGCAGCCACCGCCAGGUGCCCAUGGGGCACAGAGCGGGGCAGAAGGCAGGUGUGCGCCUAGGACAGACGUCUCUCUCGCCAGCAGUUUUCAUAAUGAAAGCGACGAGAAUAGCCCUUUUGGUAAUCGUAUUGACUACAGAGUCUAUUUAAGCAUGUGGGUUUUAAAAAUAGACAGUAUUUUUUAAAAAUCAAAAAAAUGACUUGCAAAUUGUUUUUUAAAAGUAAUUUUGCAUUGCUCUGAAAUUUCAGCUUACUUGCAAAGACAGCCCUGCCUGGGCAACCAAGCCGGGCUCGGGUGUGUCCUUUAUACUGUAGAUAAUGGAGAAUUUUCUAUCUCUGAUCCUAUUUGUACAAGCCAAGGUGAUUCUGGGCGCCCCGGAAGCAGAAUGAGGGGCAUGGAUCCACUCUUUCCGGCAGUGUGGACUCUGCUGGAACCCAGAGGCGCCCCCGUGUGGUCUGCGCGGGAAUCCACAGGCCCCACCAAGAGCCCCCAAUUGUAUGGAGACUCUGGGGGACGCGGGUCCUCCCUGCAGAGGUGUGGCCAGGUGCCCUGUGGUCCUUCCAGCCCCAUCUGUACCCUGGCCUCCCCCAGGCUGGCCCUGGCUUCUGUUCUCCCGAAGGCAGAGCUGAAGGUCUGCUUUCCGCCUCCCCAAGGCCACCGGCUGGGGCCCCUGCAGCUGCCCUGCUCCAGGACGCUAAGCGCUACUGUGCCUAAAACUCUGGAUCAACCCCGCGGCCACCAUCUCCACUCUUUGUGCAGGUUCUUGGCAGGCCAAAGUUGAGGACCGAAGGGUCCAGGGGACCCAGCACAAAAGGUGAAGAGGACACAGCCCUAGGGACCUGCAGCUCCUUCCUCUGGAUAUGUCCGCUUCUCCCUUUCCAUGGGCUUUAAAUUAUUCCCAUAGGGGCCAAUUUCAAAUAAUCCUUUCUUUUCCCUGAUGGAAUUUACCUUAAUCUGUAUAUAACUUGUAAUUUUUUCUAAUUCAUUUCUUUUCUUAUUUUAUUUCUUCCUUAACAGUAUUUUUGGCAUUAGACAUUCUUAUUGUGAAGAAAUAAUGUUAAUAUAAGUAUCUAGUGAAGGACCAAAACCGUGUAAUAAGGUGUGUUGUGUGAUCAAUAACCAGGGAGUGGGGCGGUUUUAAAUGUGCCAAAUACCCCGCGUCCCCCCACGAAUCCUGCUGUCGCCGCUGCCCACUUAGCAGACAAUCAUAUGUUUUUGUUAAAUUUGAGUUUCAGUCGCAUUUGCAUUUAAGACAAGUGUUCUAUUUAUUUUAUGGUUUGGAAAAGAAAAGUAAGGAGUGUCCCCAAAAGAAGAGAAAAAGAGAAAUUGCCCAGGUUGCCCUUGAACAAAGAAGACAGAAAUGCAGGCUAUCGUGACACAAGCCGCGCGUGUGUGGAUUUGUUCACACUGCGGAUGUCUAUCAGUGUUUGUCCCCAGGGGCAACAGGGCAUGUGCGGGAGGACGUGUCCCGGGCACUCUGGACCACGGGCAGUCGCCUACAUCAGUGCCUGGCCAAGCAGGCCUGUCCCGGAGCUUGAGACAGGGAAGUGGACCAGGCAGACCGUGGACCACGCAGACCCACAGACCGUGGGGAGAGGGGUCUCCUUUUGCUAAACCCAAGGAGCAUGGCAAGAUGAGAGCCUCCCGUGCGCGCACAGACUGGAGAGGCCGGCGGACGAGCUGGCUGCGGCCACACCGUGAAUGUUCUCCAACGCAAACCCCGUGUCAUCCAGGCCUCCCGCCAGGUACCGCCAUGGGAGUGUCCCGUCUCCUCCUGAACUAGAUGGGAUCCCUGUAAAAAUCCAACCUCACGUACAAAUGCCCCAUUUCUGUAAACCCAAAAUUAUAUGAUUUCUUCUGUGAAAGAUGAUGUGUGUGCUUUCUUUUGCGAAGUGAUUCUCCAAAGUGGGAGGGGUGGAUGGAGCCGCACUGCCACCUGCUGGCGGAGGCAAAGAGAGAAGGCUCCCCUCUAACCGCUCUCCGGAACCCCCUGCCCGGUUCUGUCCUUCUGGGCUGGCCUCCCAAGCACUGUCUCCUCUUGCCAACCUCCUAUCCCUUUCCCAGGACCCUGGUCAGAUCUUUAAGUCCUAUAUUUUUGUUCCCUGAAAAUGGUGAUAGCAAACCUAGCUUCUCCAGAACACUCAGACCCAGCACUUAGCCAUUUUGGAGGACUCUGACCUUGAACCCCUGACCAAGAAAGCACUUAUCUCCUGCCCUGGGACAGUCCUGAAAGAUGGCCUCCACACUUAGCCACCUCCAGGAGCCGGCCAGCUCCACCCCUACUUUUCUUUGUCCAGAUGUGCCCGCCUCCUUCAGGCCCAGUGUCCUCAGGACCAGGAGACCAACCGGGGGCCAGUGGCCAGGCCCGGCAGGAGCUUUCCCAGACCCUGGCCUCUGAGCAACAAUCUGCCACAGGUGGCUACAUCCACUGGUAGCAUGAGCAGAGGUGAGACCACAGACAGCUGGCCUGAGGAUGGUGGUCCCAGCAAGGAUCCUAUGAGGCCAGGGUCCCUAGACUGCCACCCCAACCCUAACUCCUCCAAUGGUUGACCCUCAGCCCCAGAUGGAAAUUCAGACAGAGGCCUCUGGCAUCUUCCAUCUGCCACCCUCCAGACCUGGCCUCGGGGCUCUGUUGUCGCUGUCAUUCUCAGACAAUUGGGUGGGAUAUGUGGCACCAGCGGGUGCCCGUGCACACCCCAGGGGUGUGUGGCAGCGCACAGGUGGGCUGGCGGGGCCUCCCUCCCAAGGCCCAAGUGCAGCUGGCCCGGCAGGCACUGACGGGCCCAAGCCCAGCGCCCCGAGUGCAGCCCCAUAGACUCAGGGCCGUGGCUUCCUCUGCCUCCGCAGCCUCCCAGGAGUGACCAGAAGCCCUCGUAAGCACAGAGCACGUGUUCUAGAUGUGAAGCCAUGAAGCACUGGAUUGUGGCCCUGACCCUGGCCCCUGCCCAAGCGACUGAAAUCUACUGAGCUGUAUUCACUGUGCUGUUCCAGGGUGGGGAGCGGAGGCCCGGGCCUGCGCUGCCGCCGCGUGGGGGCCGGGGAGCCGGGGCUCUGGGACACAGCCACCCUGGGUCACGGAGCCAGCCGGGGAUUAGAAGCCAUGGAACUGUGUCUGUAGCACUGAGUGAUACUGUGACAAAGACGCUCUUGCAUUAUCCGAGUUCCUUUCUCCAUUCCAUUUUGUUUGUUUGUUUGUUGUUUUAUCCUUUUUCUGUCAUGGAUCCACAUUACCACUUUUUGGGGGAAAAAUACAAUAAACCCAAGCAGCUCGAGUCUCUGCGUGUGCAGGUCAGCUGCGGGCAGCGGAGCCCGGGCCAGCACGCGUGUGGCUGAGAGUCGGUGUGCACACACACACCCUGGGUGUGUGUGCGUGUGGUGCGCGUGUGUGCGUGUGUGAACGUGUGUGCAGGGUCCUGAGCCUGUCCGCCCACCGCCGUCACAUUCAGAUUUGGUUUAGUGUUGUUCUUGUUUUUCGUUUCGUUUUGUUUCUUUUAGAACUGUAUAGCGUUGAACAAGAAAUCAAAUGUAAAUGUCUGGUUUUCACAUAUUGUUUAAGAAACAAAAGAAAAAAUCUAGCAGGAGGCCGGUGCUCACCCCACACUGUAAAUUGCUUCUGUUGUGUUUAUAGUGAACUGUGCAUGGCUCGUGUUUCGCGGUCACUAUGGUGUCUGUUUGUGAAGUUUUAUGACCAGGAAAACCCGUAGAUUCACUUACUGAAUAUGUGAUUAGGGUCGACAGCAAGACCAGCGUCCCGAGCGGAAGCCCGCACCCGGGCCGCUCCCGACAGAAAUCACUGUGGGAGAGGAAGGAGAGAGGCGCGUAGAAAAUAAUCAAAAGAGCGAUUCCGCAGAACUCCUGAUGCUUGUGACGAAGACAAACGUACUGUGUAGAGGAAUCCUCAGCGGGAGAGCCUAGGAGAUGCCGAUUCUGAGGUUAAUGCUGUAGAAUAGGACUGUACACCAAAUGUAAUCUUUCCGAUGCUACGGUGAGUUUAUACAUGAGAUUGAUAUGCAAUAAAUCUGUGUGCUUUUCUAAGA